GCGGACGCGCAGCGCGGAGCUGUGAGGACUCCAAACCGCGCAGAGAACGUUCCAAACCGCGCAGUGAGUGGAGUCCGCGGACGCGCAGCUCGGAGCUCCGAGGAUUCCAAACCGCGUACGCGAGCGUUCUGAGCGGGGCAGCGCUCGGAGCUCCGAGCUGCGCGGCGGUUUAACGGCUGUUUCAGACUCCGGGAGGCAAAGCUCAGAGAAGCCGGCGCCCGGUAAGACUGGGUAUUGGAGGACCUGCAUCUCCUCGCCUCGUUUUGGUGGGAGGUUUGUUCAACGGGAAUGACUCCGGCCCUCAGCAAGUCAUCAAACAAAGUCAGCAGAGUUCGGAUUUCCUCUUCAGUUUUUACUGGCCACAUGGAGUCCAACGGUAGUGUACUAGGCAUGGAUGUAGACCUUCCACUUAAACUGCUGGACGACAGUUACACUCACAGGUUUUGGCUGAACCUCUCCUCCCUGCCUUUUCUGGACUCCUACAGCUCCAAGGAUCCUUUAGAGCUGACUGAGAUGCUCCUACCAUCUCUGUUCCAUAACACAGAGUCUUUUAAAACUGUACUGCUGUCCAAUCAAGGAUCUUUACUUGAUUGUCUUUCACUGGACAAAAACGCUGCAGACUCUGUCGUCUCAACUACAGUCUCUCCUGAUGUGCAUUUUCCUGUUUAUGACGACAGCAGGAUCACAGCAGUGGAGAAACCUACAUCUGAGCAGCCUGACUGUUCCACAGAACAUUAUCAAGGUGUUACCCAAUCCCUUCCACCACAGCAUUGCCCCCAAGUGGAAAGCAGAUCUUCAGAUAAUGCUGCUCGGCUCAGACAUCCUGCAGCGAGACCACAAGAAGCCAACCACAUCAAGCAGCAUGAGGCAGAUACCUUAAUGCACAUUUGGCACUCUUCUUCCCAGAUGGGGCCCUCAGCAAUGCAGGACACGCUGAAGGCUCGGACUGAGUGGCUUGCUUCUUGGCAUGGGUCACUAGUGGCUCGAGCUGACCGUGCAAAUCGGAGGCUGCAUGUGCUGCUGGGUGAACAUGCCAUGCAGCAUUGUUCCAGCCAACUGGAAGGUCUGGGUAGGAAACUCCAUCAGGAGGGCUCCUCACUCAGAUCUUCCUUUCUGGCCACUGGUUCUUCUAGCUCACCUGAAACCAAAGCCUCUGAUGCUCCAGUGGAGCAGAAUGGGCUCAGCAGUCUUCCUGAUUGCUCUUCAAGUCAAAGUUGUCCCCAGUCUGUGCAGAAAAACAAAGACAUGCAGAGUUUAGCACGGUGCGGGCAGCCUAUACUUCGGGGAGUCCAGAAGGCUCUAGACUCGGACGCCACAGCCAGCAGCUCAGAUGAGGAGUGGGACCACCAAGAAACCCGGGCAAUCAGCGCUGCCUCAGAAUGUCUGGGCUGUGAGUGGAGGUGGCAGUGUGAGAGAGCAGAGCUGGCUAGCUGCUGGACGUGGCUGCAGCUCAGGCUGUCUGAACUGGACUGCAGGAUCCGGCAACUCGGAGAGCUCCAUCAGCACAUCCUUGACUCCAAGGGAAAUGUAGUCCUGGCUGAGUCGCGGCCCCUGACAGACAGGCAGAUCCAGCAGAUGUUGCUGACAGAGACUGCUGGUUUGGCGCUCACAGCGGGGAACAUGCAUGACAUGCCUGCUGAGCUGGACACGGAGCCCAGCAGCCCCGCACGCCUCCUCUGGAACAUAGAGAGACAGAGUGCCCAGCUGAGUCACAUGGUGAAAAAUCUGAUGGCUCCACUGAGCGUGUCCCCCUCCUCAUCGCCUGUGACUAAAGGCAUUUGCAGCCGCUGGAGAGGCCAGCAGAAAAGACCCUUCAGCAGCUUCAGUGAUGUGUUCCCCUGUGCCAAUUCCACGUGUUUCGGAGAGGCAGGGCAGAAGAAGAGGCGACUGUGUCAUCGGAGACAGCGCCCCCCACAGGUGGACGUGACUUGUGUGUGUGCACGUACUCGCCCUCUGCUGACCUAUCACAAGCCUGGUCUCUUCAGCAUGGGCCAGUCAUUACUCACACAGCAGGGACCAGAUUCCUCAACUUACCUCUGUGCUAGCUGUGCGUCCUGCGAUCCUGUGAGUGAAUGCUCAGACCCAGCCUGCUCCAGCACUGUCAGGAGCACAGCCAACAGAGCUCAUCCCGUGCUCUCUCUCUCCUCAGAGAGCUCCCUGUCCUUCCACCUCCAGAUGGGUCUGGCUAGAGAGGACUGGCUCCGGCAGACCAGUCCCUCAUACAGCUUCACCUCUGCAGGGAAGACAUUUCGCUCCUUAUUCAAUUGCAAACACCAGCUGCAAGCUGCCAAGCAUUCUCGGACCCACAGGAGAGAGAGCACUCCAAUCCGGUGGGCACAUGCAUGCCAGAAGCCGCCCAGACGAACCCACAGACGGGCUCUAAAGAGGACGCACCACCAGGCCGACACAAAUGUGUGUCUAUACCAAUCUGGAGUUCGCUGUCCGAGCCCUGAGGACAGUGCGGAGGAGGCGUCCACACCUAACAACACACGCACACAGCGGAGAAACUCACAGUUUCCAGUGCGAAGGAGAAAUGGUGAAAGUGUCUACAGUAUAAACAAUAUAGUCAUCCCCAUGGCCUUGGCUGCCUCUGCCAAAGUGGAGAAGCCUCAGUAUAAGGACAUUCUCACACCCAGCUGGAGAAUAGUGGACAUUGUUCCCCUGGUAAAGAAAGAAGAAAUAGAAGAGGAAUCUGCUGAUGAGGUGGAACUGCUAUCAGAUGAGAUGUUUUCUCAGAGGCACCAGAGAUAUGAAAACAGGGAGAAACUCCGCUGGAGCUCCUGGGAAGAGGGCAGGAGAUACACACGUAGGACCAGAUCAGUUGUGUUUUCCAGCAGCGACUGCAUGAAUGGAUCUGAUAGACACUUUUCAGCUAAUGUCCAUGGUCCUGAACAGGUGUGUGAUGAUCAGUCAUGGGCCCACAGCACACUUGGAGCUCCACCUGAGCUCAGGCUGAAGGAAAGAUGGCCCCGGCUGCCGUGGGAGAAGCGCGCGUUCCCGUUGUCUAAGGAGCAAGAGGGUGUUCUGAUAUGUGAAGAAGAGGCCGGUAAGGCAGUGGAUGCCCUCUGGGCAAAGAGAGAGGAGAUGGAGUUAAGUCUGUCAGAUGGCAGCUGUGAGAACCGUCUUUCCUCUUUCUGCUGUGCUGUCACUCCCAGCCCUGCUGGACACACGGGGAAUGGCCAUGUUGGGUUUACCACUGGAAGCAGCUGACCG